UGCCCCCUUUGUGUGUUUGUGAGGAUGUUAGCUAAGCUGUGAGGCUGGGGCAGAUGGGAAAAAGGGGAGUGUGUUUUUAGGUUUUAAAUGAAUGAACCCUAAAUUGAGUUGUUGGACUACAUAGACUAGUUUCCUAGGUAUCAAGCCGCCCCCUCCCUUUCUGGUCACCCUCGGUCCACUCUCUCCAGCAGUCCCACGUCAUUUUCCCUCCUCCCUCGUCGACCGAGGAGCCAGCUUUAGGGGGGAUUAAUAAACCCAGCGAGGAACACUGGAGAAAUGUCAGGCAGCGAGGAUGACAGGGACAACUUCGGGGACGCCGAGGAACACUCACUCCUCCACGACGACAACGAGGCGGAGGACGUCAUGUCUGACGUGGAGGAGGUGCCCAAGUCCAAGAAGAAGAAGAAAGCCAAGAAGAGCAGCCGUGAGAGCAGAAGCAACAAGAGGCAAAGAGCCAUCAGGGAGGAUUUGCAGCUGAGCUCCCCAGAGCAUCUGAUCGGAGUGGAGGCAGCCGAACGGGAUGACGGAGGUCUGCGCUCGGAGAGUGACGGAAGUGACUAUGCCCCGGGGAGGAAAAAGAAGAAACGCUCCAGCUCGACCAAAGAGAAAAAGAAAGGAAGCACAGCAUCCGAGAAAGGUGGCUCGAAGAGCAAACGCAAAGAUCCGGAACCGGAUGAUGACGACGAUGAUGACGAUGACUGCCAACCGAAAAGCUCCUCACAGAUGCUGGAAGCGUGGGGGAUGAAAGAUAUCGACCAUGUCUUUACUCAGGAAGACUACAACUCCCUCACCAACUAUAAAGCAUUCAGCCAGUUUGUCAGACCCUUGAUUGCAGCCAAGAACCCCAAAAUUGCUGUUUCCAAGAUGAUGACUUUAAUGAUGGCCAAGUGGAGAGAAUUUAGCACAAACAACCCCCUGAAGGGCUCCGCCACAGCAAAUGCAGCUCUGGCAGCCGCCAAUGUGGCUGCAGCUGUGGAGAACAUGGUCGUGGCCGGGACAGACGGAGGGGUGGACGUUGGCACUGCCGCCGCUCCCACGACGACAUCUGCUGCUUCGGGGGUGCCGCCUCCAGCACCACCGCUUCGCAAGGCCAAGACCAAAGAGGGCAAAGGCCCUAAUGCUCGUAAAAAGUCCAAGUCUUCUUCUAAAGCGCAGCCGAAGCCCAAACCCAAGAAGGUGGCUCCACUCAAAAUUAAACUAGGAGGCUUGAACAGCAAGAGGAAGCGCUCUUCUAGCGACGAGGACGAGCCAGAUGCGGACAGUGACUUUGACGAAGCGACCUUCUCCGUGUCAGAAGGCUCCAACCGCAGCAGCCGCAGCAAGAAGAAAUCCAAGAGUGCAAAGAAGAAGAAGAAAGUCGAGACAGAGGAUGGUGACGGUUACGAAACAGACCACCAGGACUACUGCGAGGUGUGCCAGCAGGGAGGAGAGAUCAUUCUUUGCGACACCUGUCCCAGGGCUUAUCACAUGGUCUGUUUGGACCCUGACAUGGAGAAGGCACCCGAGGGCAAGUGGAGCUGUCCACACUGUGAGAAGGAGGGGAUCCAGUGGGAGGCCAGAGAAGAUCUCUCCGAUGCUGAAGUGGAAGACGAGGACGACAGGCAGGAUGAUGGCGCAGAGGAAGAAGACGACCACCACAUCGAGUACUGCAGAGUGUGCAAGGACGGAGGAGAGCUGCUCUGUUGCGAUACCUGUCCCUCGUCGUAUCACAUCCACUGUCUCAACCCACCUCUCCCUGAAAUCCCCAACGGCGAGUGGAUCUGUCCCCGCUGCAAGUGUCCACAAAUGAAGGGUAAAGUCCAGAAAGUUAUAACAUGGCGUUGGGGGGAGCUGCCCGCCCCCAUGCCCGUCCCCCGGCCUGCUGACCUGCCUGCUGAUGCUCCUGACCCGCCACCGCUGGUUGGCCGCAGGGAGAGGGAGUUUUUUGUCAAAUGGUGCAAUCUUUCCUACUGGCACUGCUCCUGGGUGCUAGAGUUACAGCUGGAGCUGAACUGCCAGGUGAUGUUCCGCAACUACCAGAGGAAGACCGACAUGGAUGAGCCGCCUCCGGUGGAUUUUGGAGGUGAGGGCGAUGACGACAAGAGCACAAAGAGGAAGAACAAGGAUCCGCUCUUUGUCCAUAUGGAGGCAGAGUUCUACCGCUAUGGAGUCAAGAUGGAGUGGCUGAUGAUACACCGCAUUCUCAACCACAGUGUGGACAAAAAGGGAAACGUGCACUACCUGAUCAAGUGGCGAGAUCUGCCCUACGAUCAGUCAACCUGGGAGAGCGAAGACAUGGAUAUCCCGGAGUUUGACACCUACAAGCAGACUUACUGGAAUCACAGAGAGUUGAUGAUUGGCGAUGAGGGAAGGCCUGGUAAGAAGCUGAAGAAGCCAGUCAAAGUCAAGAAGAUGGAGCGUCCACCUGCGAAUCCAGUUGUAGACCCCACCAGCAAGUUUGACCGUCAGCCUGACUACCUGGACAGCACAGGAGGAACUCUUCACCCCUACCAGCUGGAGGGUUUGAACUGGCUCCGGUUUUCUUGGGCUCAGGCCACCGACACCAUCCUUGCUGAUGAGAUGGGCUUAGGCAAGACUGUCCAGACUGCUGUCUUUCUCUACUCACUCUACAAAGAGGGUCACUCCAAAGGUCCUUUCCUGGUCAGUGCACCCCUGUCCACCAUCAUCAACUGGGAGAGAGAAUUUGAGAUGUGGGCGCCGGACAUGUAUGUUGUCACAUAUGUUGGAGACAAGGACAGCAGGGCUGUCAUCCGAGAGAACGAGUUCUCUUUCGAAGGGAAUGCUAUCCGAGGUGGGAAGAAGGCAUCUAAGAUGAAGAAAGAUUCAACAGUCAAGUUCCACGUCCUGCUGACAUCCUAUGAGCUAAUAACUAUUGACCAGGCUGUGCUGGGCUCCAUUGAAUGGGCUUGUCUGGUGGUGGAUGAGGCACACAGGCUCAAGAACAACCAGUCCAAGUUCUUCAGAGUGUUGAACAAUUACCCGCUACAACACAAGCUUCUCCUGACCGGCACCCCUCUUCAGAACAACUUGGAGGAGCUCUUCCACUUGCUUAAUUUCCUGACUCCAGAGAGAUUCAACAAUUUGGAAGGCUUCCUGGAGGAGUUUGCCGACAUCGCCAAAGAGGACCAGAUCAAGAAACUCCAUGACAUGCUGGGACCACACAUGCUUAGGAGGCUGAAGGCGGACGUCUUUAAACACAUGCCAUCCAAGACGGAGCUCAUUGUCCGAGUGGAGCUGAGCCCCAUGCAGAAGAAAUACUACAAGUUUAUUCUAACACGCAAUUUUGAGGCCUUGAACACUCGCGGAGGAGGAAACCAAGUCUCUCUUCUCAACGUGGUGAUGGAUCUGAAAAAGUGCUGUAAUCACCCAUACCUCUUUCCUGCUGCUGCUACAGAGGCACCGAAACUUCCAAACGGCAUGUAUGAGGGCAUGUCUCUGACUAAGGCGUCUGGCAAGCUGAUGCUCCUGCAGAAAAUGAUGAAGAAAUUGAAGGAGGGAGGCCACAGGGUUUUGGUUUUCUCUCAGAUGACCAAAAUGCUCGAUCUGCUGGAGGACUUCCUGGAAAACGAGGGCUACAAAUAUGAAAGAAUCGACGGAGGAGUGACAGGCAACAUGCGACAGGAGGCCAUCGACCGCUUUAAUGCUCCUGGUGCUCCCCAGUUUGCAUUCCUCCUCUCGACUAGAGCGGGAGGUUUGGGAAUCAAUCUCGCAUCCGCAGACACUGUUAUCAUCUAUGACUCAGACUGGAACCCUCACAAUGACAUUCAGGCAUUCAGCAGAGCUCACCGUAUCGGUCAGAACAGAAAGGUGAUGAUCUAUCGUUUUGUGACCAAAGCGUCUGUCGAGGAGAGGAUCACACAGGUAGCAAAGAAGAAGAUGAUGCUCACCCACCUAGUGGUGCGACCUGGGCUCGGUUCCAAGACGGGGUCUAUGUCCAAGCAGGAGCUUGAUGAUAUUCUCAAAUUUGGAACCGAGGAGCUCUUCAAGGAUGAGGUUGGAGAAGGGGACAACAAGGAGGAUGACAGCAGCGUGAUUCACUACGACGACCAGGCCAUUGAUCGUUUGCUGGAUAGGAACCAGGACGCCACAGACGACACCGAGCUUCAGAGCAUGAAUGAAUACCUCAGUUCCUUCAAAGUAGCUCAAUACGUGGUCAAAGACGAGGAUGAUGAGGAGGAGGAAGUGGAGAGGGAGGUGAUCAAGCAGGAGGAAAGCGUGGAUCCCGACUAUUGGGAGAAGCUGCUUCGCCAUCACUAUGAGCAGCAGCAGGAAGAUCUGGCCCGCAAUUUAGGCAAAGGCAAAAGAACACGAAAGCCGGUCAAUUACAACGACGGCUCCCAGGAGGACCGAGGUAUAAGACAGGACUGGCAAGAGGAUCAAUCCGACAACCAGUCUGAUUACUCUGUGGCGUCAGAGGAGGGUGACGAAGACUUUGAUGAGCGUUCUGAAGCCAACGCCCGCAGACCUAAUCGCAAAGGCUUAAGGAACGACAGGGACAAGCCUCUACCUCCGUUAUUGGCCAGAGUGGGAGGGAACAUCGAGGUUCUGGGCUUCAACGCACGACAGAGAAAGGCCUUCCUAAAUGCUGUGAUGCGGUAUGGGAUGCCUCCGCAGGAUGCAUUCACCAACCAGUGGCUGGUGCGGGACCUUCGAGGGAAGUCUGAAAAGGAAUUUAAGGCUUAUGUGUCUCUCUUCAUGAGGCACCUGUGCGAACCCGGAGCUGACGGAGCUGAGACCUUUGCAGAUGGUGUUCCCCGCGAGGGACUGUCUAGGCAGCACGUGCUCACUCGCAUCGGUGUGAUGUCCCUCAUAAGGAAAAAGGUGCAGGAGUUUGAGCAUGUGAAUGGUCAGUGGUCAAUGCCGUGGAUGGCGGAACUAGAGGAGAACAAAAGGGCUGCGGCUUUGGCUGCCGGUGAAGAUCCUAAGACUCCUUCAACUGGGACUCCUGCGGAUACACAACCUAACACUCCUGUGCCGGAGGAUCUUUCGAGAUCAGAGGACAGAGAGGACUUCAGGAAGGAUGCAGAGGAAAGCACAGGCGCCAGGAAGGCAGAUGAUCCAGAGAUUAUCGAAAUCCCAGAUGAGUCGGACAAGUCACCGGCCUCCGAAAACAAAGACGGCUCCCCCGCGAGAAAGGAGGACAAAGAGAAGGAGGCACGAGGUGAGGAGGAAGGGAAGGAAGCUGAUGACUUGAGCAAGACGUCACAUGUGUUAGAUGCCGCUGAGGUGAAGGGUGAAGCGGCAGAGGGGAAAACGGAUGGAGAGGAGCGCUUGAAAGCAGAAGAGGCGAAAGAUGACAAGAUGGAUACAUCAACCGAGAAAGAUCAAAAAGAGGACAAAGACAGCAUGAAAUCGGACGAAUCCAGCAAACUUCAGAAUGGAGAGAAUGCCAGAGAAGGAGCAGCAGCUUUGUCCAUGGUGAAUGUCACUGAAGAGAAGAGAAAAGCCAGCAAGCAGAGGUUCAUGUUCAACAUCGCAGAUGGAGGCUUCACAGAGCUUCACUCCCUGUGGCAGAAUGAAGAAAGGGCAGCCACCGUCACCAAGAAGACCUUUGAGAUUUGGCACCGUCGCCAUGACUACUGGCUCCUUGCUGGCAUCAUACAACACGGCUACGCCCGAUGGCAGGAUGUCCAGAACGAUGUAAGGUUCGCCAUCCUCAAUGAGCCCUUCAAAGGCGAGAUGAGCCGGGGAAACUUUCUGGAGAUCAAGAACAAGUUCCUGGCACGCAGAUUCAAGUUACUGGAGCAGGCAUUGGUCAUCGAGGAGCAGCUCCGCCGGGCGGCUUAUCUCAAUAUGACAGAGGACCCAGCCCACCCCUCCAUGGCUCUUAACACUCGCUUCAGUGAGGUGGAGUGUCUGGCCGAGUCUCACCAGCAUCUCAGCAAGGAGUCCAUGUCUGGAAACAAGCCUGCCAAUGCAGUGCUGCAUAAAGUUCUCAAACAGCUGGAGGAGCUGCUGAGCGACAUGAAAGCUGACGUCACAAGGCUCCCCGCGACCAUCGCCAGGAUACCGCCGGUUGCUGUGCGGCUGCAAAUGUCCGAGAGGAACAUCCUCAGCCGACUAGCCAGCCGUGGGCCCGAGGUGACCGGCCAGAACCAAUCGCAGAGUGUGCAGCAGAUGCAGGUUUCACGUUGAGCCAAGAACUUUUCACGACAGUGUAGCAGAUCCCCCUUUUGCCCCACUUGAACUACCUUGUACAGCACAGGUUAAUCCUCUUCGGUACACACACACACACACACACACACACACACACAUGCAAAGGAACAUCAGCUGUGCUGCAGGACUUCCAGAAGUCAAUACAGGAAAUGAACAGAAAUGACUUUCAUGGCGUCAAUGCCAAACUGUACCAGGUUUAUGUGUAUUUAUAUACACUAUACACCGAAGAUGCUAACAGCAUCCUGGCUCUUCAUUGCAAUUUUUGGGGACUAUUGACAGUGGAUGUUGAAUUCACAGGAUUAUCCGGCUCAUUUUCACACAAAUUGUGAACUUUUAAGCAGUUUUCCUUUAAAAGUGUCAUGUAACGUUCUCACCUGAAUGUGUGUCUUUCCCGUAUUUCUGUCUCUUGUAUGUACAGUUCAUACAGUACUGUGCAAAAAAAAAUCAUUGACGGCCAUUAGUUUUAAGGGUACAUCAGAUAAGUGUGUAACCAGGACGGAUACGACUGUUAGCUUUAGAAGAGGCUUGUUGCUGUUAUUGCUCAAAUAAAGCAGACAUUAUGCUAACUAAUUGCAAUAGGAGUAUAUAUUAUAUAACGUCACUAUUACAACUACUAUUACUAAUUUUGUCAGAGAGAUGGGAAAAUAACACUGAAUGUUUUGAACUCCUGUUUCUAUACCAGUGUUUACCAGCUUUGCUUUCCUUAGCUGAUGUCAUGUAGUAUUUCUUUAGAUGGCAAACAAGGUGAAACUGAAUCAACAGCAUCUGUGCUAGUUGAAGCCAAGUAGUGUACUCCAUUUUGACUCAAUUGCAAACAAAUUACUGUUUUUGUUGUACUUUUGCACAGUACUGUAUGUAUGUAUUGUAUGUAUAUACUGUAUGUAUGUAUGAAACAGGUCAUAUUUGGCGGACAAGGCUGUUACCUUCGCUUAGUCUUGUCCGAUUGUUGCCCCCAUCCCAAAAACCUAUGUGACAUCACUUUAACUGGUUUGGGAUCAGCUCAAACGGCGACAAAGUACACCUCAACAUUCCUCCAGUCACUCCCCUGAAGCUCCUGUUUUACGUAAAAACAAAGGGUACACACGACGUGGGCAGUUUUGAGACAUGUUGGCAAUCUUAACUUAAAUUUAUUUCUGUAUGUGUCAUUUUUAUUAUUAUGAUGACUGCCUUUUUGUUUUUACCAACUGUUUUGUUUUCAAUGGACCACAAUAAAAGGUCAACUGUU